AUGGACUACUGUAGAAACAUCCCAUCAGCAAUGGACAGCUUGCAAUAUAGUCCACAAAUUUUUCUUGACAUCUUUACAUAUUUGUAUAUUCUAUCUUAUCCUUCAUCAAAAAAAUCUUCUGCUGCUGAUUGUCGGUACGAAGCAUGCGUGCCCAGGAAUUGUGGCAAUGGCCCAAACAUUAAAUUUCCAUUCUAUAUUGAAGGUUUGCAAGAAUCCUACUGCGGUUACCCCGGAUUCCAUCUCAAGUGCGGCAAACAUGGCUAUCCAACGAUUAAUUCAACAGAAAAUGACUAUAUAGUUGAAAACAUUUCCUAUGCUAGUCGUUCUUUUCGUGUUUAUAAUGCUGCUGUUUUGAGUAAUUUAAAUGGCAGAUGCCUUCCACAAAUCAGGAACACGACACUUCCAAUUAGAGAGUUUCAUUAUGUUAAUGUAACAAGUCUUUAUUUGUUGUCCAAUUGUAUUGAACCGUUGUCUAAGGAUCUUUCGCGAUACAAGGUUGACUGUCAGGGUGAGAAUAGAGAUAAUUUGGAUUUAGCAAUUUUGGAUAAGGAUGAAAAUUUGCAGAAGGGAUUGGAAAAUUGUGAAAAAAAUGUGGUGGCGCCGGUGGAAGUGCAUGGAGAUAAAGAGAGGAUUGUAGUGGGAGAGUACGAGGAGAUUUUGAGAAGAGGGUUUGAACUGAAUUAUCGGUCAUCCAGUUGCUGCAGUAUAUGUGAGAGCAAUGGCGGCCGAUGUGGCUUUAAUGACACUAUUUCCAAGUUCCGUUGCUUCUGCCCUGAAGGACCCGAUAGCCAGAGUUGCCGACGUGCAGAUGCAGGCAAUUCAACAGAAAAUCUUAACACCAGAUAA